AUGGCAUUGGCAGUUGUCGCAUCUCAGCCGCUCGAUCUCCGCCCCGCGCAGCAGCUGUCCUGUGCACCUCCGGCAGAGACUCUCUGCCUGCGGGAGAAUGCCGAGGAGGAGGCCCAGGAUAACUGGCAGUACCAAAACCUGCUUUCCGUGGCUUCCUCUCAGCAGCAGCGCUUGGAGCAGCACGGCGCCCUCCGCAAGUGCCCUGGCUAUGACCUCUCCGAUCCGUGGUUGGUUGCAAGCUCUGACGCGGAUGGGGUCAAGCCAGGCAAGGCCCGCGAAUUCGCACGCAUCACCAUUCCAGGCAUGCCUUGUCAGCUCGUGGGUGAGGCAGCUCGGAUUGUAGCUUAUUUGGGCGCGGCAAGCCCGGCACAGGCCGGUAGCAAGUCUGCGCACUCCCAAGCUUGCAAUGUGCGGCUGCCGGAAGGAACCGUGACCACAUAUCCCCGCAGCAAGCUACUGCCGCUGCCCACUCGGCCAGCUUGCCAGGGUGACUGGGCAUUGGCCGUGGACUUGAAGGGGCCCUUAGAGCAUCUGAAUGGAUUCAGAUGCGUCUGCGGAAUCGGCGCCCGCACGGCAAGCAAGGAAGUGGGCUUCUGGGUCAUGUUCGAGCCCCAGGAGCUAGGCGUGAAGCCACAUCUGGAACUGCUGCCGAGAAGCAACUUGGUCGCCCUUGCGGGCCCACCUCCGGGCUCGUGCCAGACACCCUGGGAGGCCCGAUUGGCAAGCAUCGCUCCCGAGGCGUUCGCCCGCCUUGCGCAGGAAGACCUCGCGGACGAGGCCGCCGCUGAAGCGAGGCGCGCACACCGGCUCCAGGCCCUCUGCGAUGGCGACGAGGAGGAGGACGACGAGAGCAUGGAUCUUCACGACAGCGAGGAUGAAGAAGAAGCGCUGCCCCUGGAAGCUGGCUCGUUGGUGCAGUUGACGGCCAGCGGCUUCUUAGGUGUUGUGGAGAAAGUGGACGACUCCAUGGCACAAGUCAAGCUCUGCCAAGGGCCCGGCAGCAAGGUGGAGACAUGUGCUGUGGCGUUGCUCAAGACUAUCUCUGAAGACCAGGCGAUACAGCAGGCGGUCUGCAGUGAGUGUGGGGUGGCCUCUCCAGAAGCACAGCUGUUGAUUUGCGAGAACUUCGGCAAGUCCUGCUCCUCAACAACGCACAUCCGUUGCCUCAGUCCUCCGAUGAAGAAGGUGCCUGAGAAUGACUGGUAUUGCGCCAGCUGCCAGGCACCUGGAAACCCGUGCGCCUCAGGCACCAGCUCCUCCUCCCAGGCGGUGCCCAAAGCCAAGGGGAAAGCAAAGGCGGCCCCGAAGGCAAAGGUCACAGGCAAGGCCAAGGCCAAGGCAAAGGCCAAGAUACUCUCAAAGGCCAAGAGCAGUAAGUCCGCUCGGUAG